AACAAUUGUACCCCCAAAUUCGAAAAUCAAUCCAACGAGUCGAAAUUAAAGUCGGAUUCAACGCCGUUUUCGGCUCAAUCAGGGAUGAUUGUGUUGGAAGGUGGUCACACUGACCACAAAUCGGUUUCGAGUACUAUGCAAGUUAAUGGAUUAGGAAAUGGGGUGACGGAGAACAACGGUCAUGAUCAAGUUGUUGUAACUGACGUAACAGCUGGCAAAAAGUAUUCAGGGACACAUGAAGACAUGACUCUUGAGGAAAUGUACGCCAAAGAUGGUGAUUUUGAUGACGAAGAUGACAGUGAUUGGGACCCCUUAGAAAACCAUAUAACAGUUCCCACAUGGUUUUGUGUUAACUGUACGCUGGUGAACCUUGAUGGUGCUAUCUAUUGCCAUAUAUGUGGAGAGCAUAAAGAAUCUGGAAUCCUUAGGCAUGGCUUUCUUGCAUCGUCUUUACAUGAGGCAGAUUCGGUUACAAAUAAAUCAUUGGAACGCAACGGGAAAUCAGAAGCUUCUUGCUCACAAUCUAUGGCCCCACAUAAACUAACAGCUGUGGGUUUUGAUGAGAGAAUGUUGCUUCACUCUGAGGUUGAAAUGAAGUCACAUCCCCAUCCUGAAAGACCAGAUCGUCUUCGAGCAAUUGCUGCCAGCCUGGCAACAGCAGGUAUAUUUCCUGGAAGAUGCCGUUCGAUUUCAGCAAGAGAAAUUACGCGAGAAGAACUGCUGAGGGUUCACUCUGAUGAAAAUAUUAAUUCCGUCCAACUUUCAAGCCAAUGCGUUGCUAGUUAUUUCACACCUGAUACUUAUGCAAACAAAGAUUCAGCACUCGCCGCAAGGCUGGCAGCGGGAUUGUGUGCUGAUCUUGCUUCUGCCGUAUAUUCCGGGCGCGCUAAAAAUGGGUUUGCUCUGGUGCGUCCUCCAGGUCAUCAUGCUGGCGUAAAACAUGCGAUGGGAUUCUGCCUUCACAACAAUGCUGCAGUUGCUGCAUCAGCCGCUCAGGCUGCAGGAGCGAAAAAAGUUUUAAUUCUUGAUUGGGAUGUACACCAUGGAAAUGGCACUCAGGAAAUAUACGAGCAGAACAAAACGGUUUUGUAUGUAUCUUUACAUAGACAUGAAGGUGGAAAUUUUUAUCCUGGUACUGGUGCAGCCCAUGAGUUUGGUUCCAUGGGUGGAGAAGGGUACUGUGUAAACGUUCCAUGGAGUCGGGGCGGAGUCGGAGAUAACGAUUAUAUUUUUGCAUUUGAGCAUAUCGUGCUUCCAAUAGCCCGUGAGUUUGCUCCUGAUUUUACAAUCAUUUCAGCUGGAUUUGAUGCUGCAAGGGGUGAUCCACUUGGAUGCUGUGAUGUGACUCCUGUUGGUUAUGCACAAAUGACAAAAAUGCUGACUUCUUUAUCUAAAGGAAAGUUGCUCGUUAUCCUAGAGGGCGGUUACAAUCUCCGUUCAAUAUCAUCAUCAGCUACAGCAGUAAUCAAGGUAUUGCUUGGUGAAAAACCCGAAAGCAUGUUGGAGAAUGUUGUACCGUCUAAAUCUGGACUGCGGACGGUUCUAGAUGUUUUGAAGAUACAGAACAAUUUUUGGCCUAUUCUAGGCCCUAUCUUUUCAGAUCUGCAAUCGCGGUGGGGAUCUUAUGCUAUUCAGGAAAUAAAGAAGAAGAAAAAACGCCGAUUUGUGGUGCCCCUUUGGUGGAAGUUGGGACGGAAAAAGUUUCUACAUCACACCCUCUCGGAGCAGCUGCGUCUAAACGCGAGAAAGCGUAUAAAAUCAUCAUUAUGGCUCUAAAAAUUCUCCAAGUCACCCUCAUUUUGUACCAUAUUUUUUUCUACCAAUAGUAGUAUUUGUUAUAUUUUGAGGGGAUUAUGACUAAUAUUUAAUUUUGAAGAUAUUAGGAUGCUUUUUUUGUUUUUCA